GGAAUCGGGGAGUUACCAAAACAAGAAGUGCCCCUAACAUAACACUCUCCUCUAGUCCUCUCCCACAGCUCUACACUGUGACCGUACGGCCUUUCAGCAGGGUCACAAUGACUCGACAAUAAAAUAUCCUCCAAUCGAACGACAAAAGCCAACUCCUUUAUUAGUCUUUUGUAUUUUAGGCAUUUUUUAGCUGCUGCUUCUCACUCCCUUCCUCUUGUUCUUCUUUCCUUAUUUACUUUCAUGGUUUUUUGUUGAAACCCUACCUCUCUCUGGCUUUCUGGUGAAGAGGAGGAGAUUCGGUACAGAGUUUCCCCUUGUCUUGAGUUGUAUGCAUGCGCAUUAAUCAAAAGCAGCCAUCCUGUCUUUGAGUCGGUGAUUGAGAAGAUUAUUCAUGUUUUCUUUACCAACUCUUAGUCUUAUAGGUUGAUUCAGUUGCCAAAUUGUGGGAUCAGUCACUAUGUUUCGCCUUUGGAGUAAUUCUCAUCAGGACCGGCCAGAGAAUGACAGCUUGCAUCGUGAGUCAAAGGUUAAGGAGCUUAAGGUUGCAAUUGGACCAUUAUCUGGACGUAGCUUGCAGUUCUGCACUGAUGCAUGCUUCAUGAGAUAUCUUGAAGCUCGGAACUGGAAUGUGGACAAAGCAAAGAAAAUGUUGGAAGAGUCACUCAAAUGGAGAUCAACCUAUGGACCUGAGGAAAUUCGUUGGCGUGAAGUUGCUGUUGAAGGUGAGACUGGAAAAUUGUUCAGAGCUACUUUCCAUGAUCGGCAGGGCAGGAGUGUUCUUAUAUUGAAACCAGGAUUACAAAACACAGCAGCAAUAGACAAUCAGAUGCGACAUCUAGUAUAUCUCAUAGAGAAUGCUAUACUGAACCUUCCAGAGGGUCAAGAACAAAUGGCAUGGUUGAUAGACUUCACUGGGUGGUCUCUAAGCAACAGCGUCCCUGUCAAAUCAGCUCGAGAAACUAUCCAUAUAUUACAAAACCACUACCCUGAGAGGCUGGGCAUAGCAUUUCUUUACAAUCCCCCACGCAUUUUUGAAGCAUUUUGGAAGGUUGUCAAGUACUUUCUGGAUGCAAAAACAUUUGAGAAGGUGAAAUUUGUGUAUCCCAAGAAUAAAGAUAGCGUUGAGCUCAUGAGGUCAUAUUUUGAUGAGGAAAAUCUGCCAACUGAGUUCGGAGGAAAAGCUACAUUCAACUAUGAUCAUGAAGAGUUCUCCAAAAUGAUGGUUCAAGAUGACGCAAAAUCGGCAACUUUGUGGGGAUUUGAUGAUAAACUCCAACUUGUUAGUAAGGGGCAUUUUGGAGCUGAGGUUGCGCCUGAGCCAGUCUGCAUUGCACCAUCUGCCAGCUGAGCUGUCAUCAAUGUAAUGAACCAUAUAGACUUAGUGAAUCAGAGAACAAUAGGAAAAUCAAUUAUCUGAUUCAGUGAUUCUCCAAUAGGUAAAAAGGAUCACUUGCUUCUAUGAGAUAGGAGGGAAAAUGUUGUCUCUUUUACUCUUUUUCCGUCCGCUUUUAACCCAGACGCAAAAUUAGUGCAACGAAAUAAAGCAUAUAAUAAUGGUUCUCGCUUGAUUGAUUUCA